GUGUCUACAACGAAACAUCUGGACAAUGUCAGUGUAAAUGCCCUGAAUUUACAGACGGGAAAAACUGCCUUAAUGGGCAGAAUCACACCACUGUUGUUAUAGAUACCAAAACUGUGCCGACAAGAAACGUGAGCGUUUCUCUGAGUAUAAACAAGUCCUUCAAUCCCAGUCUGACAAACCCUUCCUCUUUCCUCUACCAGCAGUAUGUUCACAUGAUGCAGCCCGAGCUCGAAAGACUGUGCAAGCAGGCAUCUCCGCAAAACUUCCAGCAAGUGAUAAUCACUGGUUUCAGGAAUGGCAGCAUUGUUACAGAGAGUUUAGCGAUAUACAACUACCCCAACCAGGAUAGAGAGAUACAGUUCCUUAACAAUCAAUUAGUGGGCAAGUUAAGUUCGAUUUUAAACGACACUAACAACCUCGAUAACCUGAGUGCUGCUGUUAAUGCAUCAGUAAAGCUGCUGAACACCACCGGAGAACCUCCAGCUAUAACAAACGUCACAGGAUUAAAACCCUUUGUUGAAAAUUGCAGUCUAAAUUAUGACAAUUACACAGUCGAAGUCGUCGAAGGAAGCCUGUUGUGCGUGGGACCCUGCAGAAGACUGCCUGAUUACUGCUCUUUCAAAGGCAGCUGCUACAACCGCCGAGAAGGAGCAGUGUGCAUGUGCUUCGCGUCUGCUUUCCAGCAGUACACCGGGACGCACUGCCAGCUGUAUCAGAGGACGGCUGGGUUUUAUGGAGUCCUCUUUGGCGUGCUUGGAGCUGCUCUGCUUCUGCUGAUUGUGCUCAUAGUGGCUGUUAUAAUACUUGUGAAGAAGAGGAAAGGCCCACGGAAUAGCAACAAGAGUCAUCCAAGACGAUGGUUUUCGUUGGACGAGGAGUAUUUCAAUUUUUCCCACACAGGUUUGGGUACCAGGGCAUCUGAAGGAGAGUCUGGGAGAUCUGGAAACUAUAACAUGGGUGAUAACCUCAUGUUCUCCAAUGAAUUCACACCAGGUGUUUUCAAACCUAAGUUGGAAAACGUUGACACCUCGCUAAACGCGACGACGAAAAGGCCGGAGCUGACGCCUGCUAGCGACCAAUAGCGAUUACAGAGUUCCUGUUUACCUGCUCUUGAGAACGCUUAUUUAUUUAAAUGAAAAAAGAUUGUCGUUAACAAAAGCAUUUAUUUACAUGAAGCUUGAACACUAAUUCAUUCUGCGCAUCAUGACACUUCAGCCCACCUGCUGAAUGUCCUUCACGGAGGUCUUUCUGAAUAACAGUCAAACAUUUUGGAAAGACAAAGAAAUAGAUCUCUUGCCUUUGCCAUCCACAAAUAAUCAAUACUCAUAAGAAUAAUUCGUCAGCUGUAUAAAACGAUUUAAGCAAUUAUUGAAGAACUAAACUACAAUCAAAAUCACAGGUAUUUGUCUGGAAAGCUAAUUCAGAUCAACACGCUGCUAAUUCUGUUUUCUUCAGGGUGCUGCAUUUGUUUCCAUGUAUGCUUUAGAGAUCAAAGACAAAAGGCGUGGACAGUACAUGACGUCAUUCAGUUUAACAUUCAUAUUAUCGCAAGUGCCAUCGUGAUUUGGACUGAAUCCAGACAUCAUGUAACCUGUUGAGAGAAUGCGUAUUUAUAUAUAUUUAUUUUUACAUGCGUUAUAAUUAUAUUAAUAUAACACUGAACUACAAACCCUAAUUUACUCAAGAUCUAAUCAUAUUUUCUACUGCAAUAGAUUUUUUUUUUUUUUUUUUUUUUAAAAUCAAAUAUCUGAAAAAGCACAUUACUGUGCAAACUUAUGAGAACACGUCAAGAUUUGUCAUUUAAAUGCCUACCUGCAUGAAAAACUCAAGGUGUGAGAAUUUCAAUUCCUGCUCAGUAAUCAGUGAUGCAGAAACAACAGUCACUUGUGUGUGAAAAUGUUAGACCGCUUUGUGCUUUUUUUAGGCAUCAUAAACAACUUUUCAAAGACAUGCGUUUGACCAUGGGUGGCUCUGUGUUCCUUUUCUCUCACUGUUUUAAAUGAAUUGCAUGUGUGUCUUAUUAAAGUUCCAAUUUAAUUAGACACCCCCUCAUUUGCAUAGUUUGAAAAUGUUGCACGGCUGUAUGCUGACUUUCAAACAUGUAACUAAAUGGAAACCCUGACUGUGUAUGACGCUUUACAGCAUGUGCCGAUUUACUGUUAAAUGAGAACAAAACACAUUAAAAAUAAAUAUUAGUCUCGAAAUGGAAUAGUGCUUUUACUGUGCCUUGUGUUAACAUUGUGACGGGGAUGAAGCUACAGCCGAAUCUACCCGAAGUGAAGCAAAUGAGGUCAAACAGCGUCCUGAAGCAAAGACGCAUCGGCUCAGCUGAACCCUUACACGUGACCUGUGAGCGUACCUGUGAGAAAUCUGGUGACGUUAAGUUUCUUGGCUCUAUUUUGCAAUGUAUGGAUGUGUUUGUUUUUCCUUCUAAGUUUUGACAGUGCAACUUUACACAAGCCAUUUAAAAAAAUAAAUAAAAGACGUAUUUAAA